CGCGACUCAAGCCCACCAUUGUUUUUGAGGCCUCUGGAGCGCUUUGCGAAGCGUGCGCAUAUUAUUUGUGCUGUAGGUGUUGCUCUGUAAGCGCAGGCUCCUCAGGCUGCAUCAGUGCGUGGUGUAAAACACAAUGCGCUGCGCAGGGCUGCUGGUGCUGGGCCAAGCCAUCAAUGCUGCGGAGGACAUCGCCGCGGACGCCGGCGGCCGAGGGGUGCUCUUACAGCUCGUCGUGCGCGGUCCCGCGGCGAACGCGACGCGCCAGCGGUGGCACGCGCUGCACGACCACUUCGAGGGCUCGGACGAGGUCUACGUCGCGCGCGUCUUUUGCGACGAGAACGACCCGAAUAGUGACGACGACACAUGCGGCGCGCUGCUGGGCGGCCGGCGCGCGGUCUACCCCAUCGUGCUGUACGGCGACUGUUACGAGCCGGAGGCCUACUGGGGCCCGCGGACGCUCGACGCGCUGAAGGCGUUGGGCGAAGGCAUUCGCGCGCCCUGCUCGGCGUGGCGGCCCGACCGCUGCGAUGGCGCUUCAAAAGCCAAGCUGGAGGGCUUCGAGGCCAUGCCGGCGCGGGGCCUCAACGAGCUCGCGCGCACCGAGGCCGUCGCCCGGCGCGCGAGGGUGGAGGCGCACGAGGCCGCCCUCGAAGAGAAACGCGAGAGCCUGCUCGAGGAGUGGGAGGCGCUGGGGACGGUGCGGCGAACGAAGGCGCAGCGCGUUUCUGAUGAGUUAAGGGCGAUGCGCGAGGUCCUCGCGUCUCGCGGCGUCGGCUGGUCCGAGACGCGCGCGGCCGUGACCUUCGAGGAGGAGUCGUACGCGGCAUCGGAGAUUGCUGAUGAUUACGAAUAUUCGGCUUAUAACGACGGAUACGACGAAUACGACGAGCUGGGACCGUACUACGAUUAUGAGGACGAGGACGCGUACUACAGCGAGUACGGCGGCGGCUACGACGAGGACGCCGACGUCGACGAGAGCUUGUAUGCGGACUACUACGACGAGUACGAGGAUAGUCGACGAUAAGAGACGAUAUGUUUUCGCUAGUGUGUCGAUGUUACGGUG